AUCUGUCACGUGCUCCCGUCUCGUGAAUUGCGUCAGUUUUGCUUCUUGCUCAACGAAAGUUCAAAGCACGCUAGCGUUGUGUUCAAGUUUGAAAGCUAGCUAGCUAUUCGCUAAAAGUGUUGCAACGUAUUGCACGACCAUCUAAUUACGAUUGUGACUUGUAAGCAGUUGCUGCAAUAUGGAACAGAAACCUCUCGUAUAUGAUUCAAAUAUGGGUCCUCCCCCUGAGUAUGAUGAGCAUCCUGGUCAAUUCUUUUACCCACCUGUUGGUUACCAUCACGUAACCAGCCAUGUACAUGUACCUGUUCAUACUUAUCAGCCGGUGAUGUCAACUACAAUGAUGGGAAAUGCUCAAGUAGUACCCCGUAACUAUCUGUGUUUAUCCAUUGUCAGUCUUCUUUUUUGUUGGCCAUUUGGAUUAGCGGCACUUCUUAUGACUAUUAAGACGCGUGAUAUGAUCGCAUAUGGUGACAUCGCUGGAGCAAUGGAAACAUCAAGAAGAGCUCUCAUUUUUGCCGUUGUUGGAUUGGUGUCUGGUUUCCUUCUUUUGGUAGCUGCUGUAGCACUGGUUGUAGCUUAAAAGUUGAUUUUACAUCAUUGUCUAUGAACAAACACUGUGACGUCAGUUAAUUUGUUGCUUAUGAUAUAUCAAAGCAAGAAUGUUUGAUCUUCAUGGUAGAUAAGUUUGUUGAUGUUAUUUGAGCAACUUAGUUGAUUUGGAAACAGCUUGAAUGAUUCUCUGAUAUUUCUUAACACUAUUUCUUGAUAUGUAUACG